AUGUUCCACUCCCGACGGCUCGGCUCGGCUCAGCUCGGCUCAGCUCGGCUCGGCAGGGCUCCGCACGGCUCGGCACGGCUCGGCACGGCUCGGCACGGCUCAGCUCGGCUCGGCAGGGCGCUGGGCUCCCUCCCGGCAAAGGGGAAGGAAGGGGCUCGCCGCUGGCCGAGUUCCCCCAGGCAGCCCUUGCACAGGUCGCCGCCGGUUCACCGCGGGGUUGACACCACCUCGUGUCACGAGGCUGGUCCUCGCCCGCGAUGUCCCCACCGACGUGGGCCACGGCCACGGCACGGGGCAAGCAGCGACAGGGGCCCCGCUCCAUGGGGCUCCCCAGGACGUCGGGGGACACCCAGAGCUCUCCCGCAGGACCGGAGCCCGGGCGGGCGUCUCCGACGGGUCCCCGAUGCCCGUUGCCCGGCGCAGCCCCUCGGGGAUGUCCGGUUGGGGGUGAAGCCCGUCGGGGGUCCCCGCCCACCCGGGGCUGGCGCAGCCCGCGGCCGCUCGCCUCCGUUUCCUGUGCCGCUUCUCCUUCUCCUCCUCCUCCCGCAGUCGGUGCCCAUGGCCGGCCCCGCCGCCGCGGCUCCGCUCCCGCCCGGGCAGCUCGGCCUCGUCCCGCCGCGGCUCUCGGGUGCGGGUGCCCAGGCGGGUCAGAGCUUUGAGCUGCAUCAGCCCCAGGUGAAGGUGUCGGUGGCAGCGGGGGAGACGCUCACCCUGACCUGCACCGCAUCUGGAGAUGGUCCCGUUGGUCCUGUGAAGUGGCUGAAGGGCUGGGGCAGUGAGAACGAGACCAUUUAUGACCAGACGGGCACGUUCCCCCGCGUGACGAGGGCAGUGACUGAGUCCAACACGGACUUCACCAUCCACAUCAGGGAUGUUCGCCCCGAGGAUGCCGGCACCUAUUACUGCGUGAAGUUCGAGAAGUUGCUGGGGAGCACGAAGGUGUUUCAGAGUGGGAAUGGCACCGAGGUGUCCCUGCAUGAGGCAGCCCUGGCUCCCAGCAUGGUGGCUCUAUCUGCAGUGCUGUGCUUCCUCCUCCUCGGCUUCAUCAUCGCCCUUUGCAUGUACAGGAGGAAGUGCAGAGGGGAGGCAGAGAGCCGGGACCCGGCCGGGCCGGUGGCCGGGGGCAGCUUCUUGCCCAUCCCUCUGCGGUGCUGUGCAGGCACCCCCGGCACCUCCAGCCAAACCCUGGACCCCGAGGCCUCACAUCUGCCCAAAGAGCAAAGCAGCAAGGAGGACAACAACAUCCACUACGCCGAUCUCCAGCCCCUGCCCGCAGCCCCGCGGCACAGCAGGAGCCCCGGCACAGCCAGCUCUGAGUAUGCCAGCAUCAGGGUCACUGCCAAGUGAUGUGUGGCACCGCAGCCUGCAAAGAGCCCAUCCUGGGGGAGGAAGCCGGGAUAUUUCUGCAGGGCUCAGUAAAGGAGAAGUGGAUCUGUUUGCGUGGCACACCCCGUCCAGGCUUGCACGCCACGCUUGGAGCUGGCAAAGCUUCCCUAAUUCAUUCCCACCUCGGCAACGGUGCUGGGUGAGGCUCAGGCUGGAUCUGCCGUGCUGGGGCUCAGCAGCAGCUCUCCGAGGACCCAGCAGCUGCCUCAAACACAGGACCAGGCCAUGCAGCUCAGCACCAUGUUCAAGCUAUUGGGUGCUGAUCACAGCAGGAGGGCUUCACACAUGCCUGUUCCCACCAGCACAGCUCACAACCAGCACUACCCUGGCUCAGCAGGUCCAUUACCUGUGUUAGCUUGUCACCACACCGAGCCCAUCCUCAUUAAAGCCAGCAAACAGCCA